GUACUCUUUGGCUGCGGGUCUGUUUGCGCCACCCUGUCGGGCGCCUACAGCGGCGUUUGGCAGGUUGCCGCUGUGUGGGGCCUCGGUGUAUCCUUGGCCAUCUACACCACGGCGGAGGCAAGCGGCGCGCAUCUCAACCCGGCUGUUACGCUUGCCUUUUUGCUCGUGCGGCCUCAGGCACACGGCAUGACUGUCGUGAAGUCGCUGCUGUAUGUGGUGGCCCAAAUGGUUGGCGCCAUCCUGGCUGGAGCGAUGAACCUUCUCAUCUACGGCGGGACCAUUGCGGCUUUCGAACGUGA